CCCAACCUUAUAUAAAGCCUCCCUCUUCCUACUCACUCAUUCAUCCUCAGUCCUCACUUCACUCCUAAUUCGAAGUGAGAACUUUGCUGAGUUUCUCUCUACAAACAAAUUAAUUAAAGCCGCCAUUAAAACCCUUUAUCCAAAAGCUUUAAACAUUAACAAUGCCUUGUUCAACCAUGGAAGCUGUAACUUUGCUCUCCAAAUGCACCAUCUUCCCUUCACAAAAAUCUUCUCUCUCUGACCUUAAACUCUCUGUUUCUGACCUUCCUAUGCUUUCUACUCACUACAUUCAGAAAGGUGGUCUCUUCACUCGUCCUCCUUUCUCCAUCACCGACCUCCUUUCCCUCCUCAAACGCAGCCUUUCUCAAACUCUCACCCAAUUUCCUCCCUUGGCCGGUCGCCUUGUCACUGACUCUGACGGCUACGUUUACAUUUCUUGCAAUGAUGCUGGCGCUGAUUUCAUCCACGCCGCCGCUACUCACAUUUUUGUCCGUGACGUCAUUGGUUCAAUUGACGUUCCUGACCAUGUCAAGGAGUUCUUCACUUUUGACAGAACUGUGAGCUAUCAAGGCCAUUUCAAUCCUCUUCUUGCUGUCCAAGUUACGGAGUUAGCCGACGGUGUCUUUAUUGGCUGCUCCGUCAACCACGCCGUUAUCGAUGGAACGUCGUUAUGGAACUUCUUCAAUACAUUCGCUGAAUUGACCAGGGGCGUGAAGAGGAUUACGAGGCAACCGGACUUUAGCCGUGACUCUGUUUUGAUAUCUCCGGCGGUGCUUAAAAUUCCGGCUGGUGGUCCCAAGGUUACCUUCUCUUUGGACGCACCCUUGAGGGAAAGGAUAUUUAGUUUCAGCAGGGAAUCAAUUCUAAGGCUGAAAGAUAAGACUAACAACAAUCACAAAUGGAAUGUGGACGGAGAAAUUGACAUCGCUGAAUUGAUGGGGAAACAGAGUAACGAUCCCUUCAAAAUAUCUGACGGCAAAGUAACGACGUUAACUUGGUUGAGGAAUGCGGUUAGGAAAACAGAAGCAGAAGGUAUAACUGAAAAUCAAACGGCUGAGAUCUCAUCAUUUCAAUCACUUUGCGCAUUGCUUUGGCGUGCGGUGACACGUGCGAGGAAAUUUCAUGCUUCCAAAAUGACGACAUUUCGGAUGGCCGUUAAUUGCCGGCAUAGACUCCAGCCAAAGCUCCAUCCAUUAUAUUUCGGCAACGCUAUUCAGAGCAUUCCGACUUACGCGUCGGCCGGUGACGUUUUAUCUCACGAUUUACGAUGGUGCGCGGAGCAAUUGAACAAGAACGUGAAGGUGCACGAUAACGAUAUGGUGAGGAAGUACGUAGAGGAUUGGGAGAGCGACCCACGGUGUUUCCCGCUAGGGAAUUUCGACGGAGCUAUGCUCACAAUGGGAAGCUCCCCAAGAUUUCCAAUGUACGAUAAUGAUUUUGGGUGGGGCAGACCCAUCGCUGUUCGGAGCGGACGGGCCAAUAAAUUUGACGGCAAGAUAUCAGCGUUUCCGGGAAGAGAAGGCGGCGGCAGCGUUGAUUUGGAGGUGGUGUUGGCACCGGAAACAAUGGAUGGAUUAGAAUCCGACCCGGAAUUCAUGCAAUUUGUUACUGGGUAUUAAAUGCUGGAUUACGUUAAUUGGGAUGGGGAAGAUGACGGACUUUGUUUGUAUUUGGGAAGGGAUGAUGAGGAUGUGACAUAGUAGCUAACGUUGUUGUGAUUAAUUACUGUGUUUGGUUUUAUUAUUAUAAAUAUAAAUAUAAUCUAAUUAAUUUGUAUUA